AUGCUGGCCUUCUUUGCCCCUCUAAUCGUACUCAGUACCGUUACUUGCCAGGCUCUUGCGUCACCCCGCACACCAGCGACGGUUACUGUAACUGCGACUGUCACCACGACUACCACAAUAUUCCGGUGCUCCUCACCUCCAGUGAGCCGGCUCGGGAGUGGCAUCGGGCUACUCUCUGGUGCACUCUCAGAUGUACCCAGUUCCCUCGUCGCCACCAGCACACCAGCACCUUUAUCGUCUCCAACAAGCCUCGUCCCUCCUAGUAGUGCGAGCCCGGGCUUUGACAUUAACACUGUUAUCGGUCCGCUCUCCCAAUCAAGAGUUUCCUUCUCUCAUAUAGGGAGGCAACUUUCUGGGCUAAGAGACUUGUUCGCACAAACAAACGAUUCUCAGAAAGAUAUCACUACUGAGGUCGCAUUCAUUGACCGGCUUGUACCACUGUUCAACACACUCUCCACGCAGCUCCAGAGCGCUGCUGCCGCUCUAAAAGCCAGCAAAAGUAUGAGCAACUCCGACGCCAUCCGUGUCCAGAGCGUGCUAAGCGCACUCAAUGCUGAGCUGCAGACGCUCUCCUCGCAGAUUGACAAUACCGUGGUUCAAACUGGGCACCCGGGUGUCGACCUGACGUUGCUCAGCUCGGCUUUACAAACCCUCGUAGCAAGUAUCUCCAGUCUAUCGGCAUCGUUGAAUCGAUCAGCUGCUCAAUCAGGAGCGCUUCAGGAUGGGUUUGCCGCCUUUGUGGACCAAAUAAACGCCACUUUAUUGCACAUGUAA